UCUUAUACAUAUAAAUGUGCCAGAGGUUGUAAAGUUGGCUGGUGUUAGCUAUCCUUGUUAGCAUCAUUUAGCCGCUAAAGCUAACAUUCAUCCUUUUAAUUCUUCUUAGCUAACAUAAUAGCCUGUCGCGUGCAUGGUACCUGCUAACAUCUGUCACGGAACUGACCCACUUAGACACGUUGCUUGGUCCUUAUAUAACUUCUGAUCCCUUAAACCAACACACAACGUUGUAAUACCACUAAAGGCUGAGACAUAAUUUGAACAUCUGGUAAUGAUGCCCUCAGUGUUGCAGCAUGUGUCCGUCUGCUCUUGUGAACCACAUCAACAGAAAUGAGUAAAGACUCUCUGCAGAUAGAAAUGGACUUGGCUUCUGGAUCAGCCAAGCCCUAUGGGUCCUCAAGAAGUAUUGUGAGGAGAAUAGCUUCUAGUCUUCCUAUUCAACCCUGCCCCAGGGUUCAUUUUCAGCUGUAUCCGUACAGUGAGGACGCAGGUAUCCUGAUUGGCGCCAAGAGGCAGAAUGGUUUGGUGGCGUCUCUGGCUGAUGUCGCCUGGCUCGACGAGGAUGAAGAGGACGACGAAUACUCGCUGGGCAGACCCAGGUCAGUGAUCCCAGCAGGGCUCGUGUUUCGAGCCAACCAGCCUGAUCCUCAGAGGAAACUCUUAUCCCGCCAGAGAUCACUACCGAGCCUGCAUCAGGGGCCGCCGGACCCCCAGGGGUCGUCAAACACCAACGAUGAGGCCAUUCAGAAGAUCGGUGCACUGGAGACAGAACUUGCCAAACUCAGAGAUCAGAUAGCACAAAUCGUAUUGGCUCAGGAGAAGAGCACGCAGCCAGCUGCUACCACAUGGACACCUCCACCUCCCCCCUGUGGCACCCUACCUCCCCCUCCUCCACCGCCUCCCCCACCGCCUCCUCCUCCACUGCCGCCACCCUCAAGCCUCCAGCGGACAUUUUCUGCCAUUGACUUGAUAAAGGAGCGCAGGGGGAAGAAGACAGAUGGCCAGACCGUUUUGGAUUCAAGGCCAGCAGAAGUCCCCAGCAUGCUCGAUGUCCUGAAGGACAUCGGCAAAGUCAAGUUGCGAUCAGUCAAAAGUCGUCCAGCGGAAGGUGAUGCCAGAGUGAAGUUCAGCGAUCCUACAGAUGCCGCAUCUCUCAUCGCCGAGGCCUUGAAACGCAAGUUUGCCCAUCGCUAUCGACACGACAGUGAACCAGGAGACACGGAGGAUUUCAAACUCCCCGUUCCAGAAGUGAAACCUCGAACCGAAACCCCUCUGUUCGGGCAGCACAUGUUGAAAUCGACUGGAAAGAGAAGGUUGAUCUGAGCCGGAGGUGCAGACGAGCUGCGGACACUUUGAAGUGCCUUCUUUAAUAUCUGCAGUUUGAAGGGAGUAUCAUCUCACGGCGUCGUGUCCGACAUCAUCUUGACCAUCUGUUUUUUGCACUUUUUAUAACUUAUAGCUUUUUCUUUAACUGAACGUGUUGUGUGGAAGCUUGUGCUCAGACCGUCCUGAGUGACGGCGGCAACACUACAGAACAUGAAAACAUUAGUUUUAUCGCCACAUCAUCAGUUGGUCAUGUUUGCAUUAAGGUCUGUGGAGCUGAAGAGUUCUUCUACCACAGGAGCAGUCGAGCACUUUGUUACUUGUGGAAUAUUGUGCUGUAUUGUUUAUACAUGUAUGAUAGAGAUCCUUCUAUUUAUGUUGUGCUUUAAGAAUAAUAAUAAUUAAGAUUUUAACACUAAUUAAGUUGCAGAUUUGUCCGUUAUUAAUUCCUGGAGGCUUUUUAAAAGAUUGUUCUUAAUCUUUUGAGCCCGUGUUCGUCGUGUCCCAGUCGCCAGUCUUGUGUCUUUUGCUGGUUCAAAUAUGCAUCCCAGUCGACAUUAUUUAUCUCUUUAGCACAAUCUGCAAUUAAGAGCCAAAGACAUGCCAGUCGUCUGCCUUUCAUCUUUCCGUGUCCACUUUAACACGUAGGACCGGUCUCACCAACACACCGUACAAGUGUAGCUGCUUGUUUAUCACAAAACGACUGUAAUAAAGUCGUCCUGGGUCCUGAGGUGAACGUAAUGUUUGUGCCAGUAAUCAUCAGUUUCAUGCCUGGUUUAAUAUUCUGUUGAUCGUGUAAGAGUAGUUGCUGCUUCAAGUCAACUCUACUAGUAUUACCUUUUUAUAAGGGAAGGUGGACUGAGUGCGUCGGGAGGAUUUUCUUUGUCUUCCAUCAAAACUGUUGAAUUGUGAAAUCUGAAUAAAAGUUUAUUGCGUCA